UUAGGUGGGUGGUGCCGGAGUGGGUUGAAAUAAUUCUAUUUUAGAAAUUUUGUUUGUAGUUUUGUAAAUUUGAUAGAUAGCAUAUAUUGUAAUCAUUAUUUUUAGAAGUAAGAUUGACCUACAUGAUAGUAUAACUGAAUUGAAGCAAUAUAUCUUAGGGAAAACCAGUGUAAGCUAUUUUAUAACCUAUAUUAGUCAUCAAGAGAUUGGAUCUUAUAGUAAUAGACGGUUUCUAGAUUAACUUAUCCCUUUUUUUAAUCAACUGCUUGAAAAACUUCUUCUAAAGUCUUUGUACAUCGAUGCGAUCAAGGAGUUCCACUUUUUAACAAGAAUACGCCCCGCCAGUCUUCCUGUGAUAUUAGAUUGUUCUAUAAAGUAAUUGGUGGUAACUUACGAAGAUGGCGACCGUCUCAAGUUGGUAUAGUGAUUUAAUGGACAGCAGGGGCGAUCCUCGGGUGAAAGACUGGCCGAUGAUGUCAUCGCCGUGGCCAACCCUAGCCGCGUGCGUGUGCUACGCAUACUGCGCGAAGGAGCUUGGCCCCAAACUUAUGGCCAAUCGAAAACCAUUCGAACUUCGAAAUAUUCUCGUCGUUUACAACAUGGCUCAGACUAUCUUCAGCGCCUGGAUAUUCUACGAGUAUUUGAUGAGCGGAUGGUGGGGCCACUAUGACUUUAGGUGUCAACUGGUAGAUUACUCUCGGAGUCCAAUGGCCAUGAGGAUGGCGAACACGUGUUGGUGGUACUACUUCAGCAAGUUCACAGAAUUUAUGGACACGCUUUUCUUUGUGCUACGGAAGAAGAACGAGCACGUGUCCACGCUGCAUGUGAUACAUCACGGGAUCAUGCCGAUGUCUGUUUGGUUCGGACUUAAAUUCGCGCCGGGUGGUCACAGCACUUUCUUCGCUCUGCUCAACACGUUCGUUCACAUCGUAAUGUACUUUUACUACAUGGUGGCUGCCAUGGGUCCUAAGUAUCAGAAGUAUAUCUGGUGGAAGAAAUACCUCACAGCCUUCCAGAUGGUUCAGUUCGUAUUGAUCUUUAGUCAUCAACUCCAAGUCCUCUUCAGGCCGUCGUGUCAAUACCCUCGUGUCUUUGUCUACUGGAUCGCGAUGCACGGCUUCUUAUUCUUGUUCCUCUUCAGCGAUUUCUACAAAGCGAGGUACACAACCGCCGAGAGGAAAUCGAAAGCUCAGAACGGACUUUGUAUGGCGGUGAUGGACGACAGCACGAGUUCGCUGAACGGCAGGAACGGCUACAAGCAGGAGAUGGGGUCGGAGGUGCCCAGCUCGUACGCCUCGUCCGGGGCGGACGCGUUCGUGCGUCGGAGACCGCUCUCAUAG